AUGGAUCAACAAACAAACAAUCUUGCCGCAUUAGUACUGACCACACGGAAGGAGCAGAGUACAGCUCCAAAGUCAGUUCAACCACCAAGAAUAGCAGCACAGCAAGUUGGGGAUGACUCGGAUGACGUCAUCUACACCAAUCAUUUCCCAUGUUCAUUCGCUCGUGAUCUUACCUUUUAUCAGUACGAUGUCAUCGUUGAAGAAUACCAUGAAAAACAAAAAAAAUACAUUUAUAUUUCCAGUCGUGAAAAACGUCGUCAAUUCGUUUGUGAUCUCCUCCUAGCCAAAACAAUUCAUUCAACAGCUAUCUGUUGGUACGAUGAAGGAAGUUGUAUCUACAGUACAACAAAUUUCAAGGAUAAACUUCCAAUUAUACAUGAGAAAGAAGAACAAGGAUAUCAGCGUCGUUUAACAAUCAAAAGUUUGCCAGCCACAAGUAGUACAGGCGAUUUAGAUCAAUCUUCGAUUCGAAUUAUUGAAACACUUAUCAAACAAGUGCUAAAAGAACAAUUCAAAGCAAUUGGUUCAGUCUUUUAUCCAUGGGAUGAAGAACCCGCUCAAGACGGACCCUAUGAUCUCCUUACAGGCUUCAAACAGGCUAUGUGUCUCACAGAAUCAGGUCCAACCUUGAAUGUGGAUAUCACAAUUACUAGAUUCUACCCUCACUUUGAUCUUUUAACAUUUAUUUGGGAAAGAUUGCUGCAAAACAAAUCUUCUUUUCCUGGAUUGUUGUCAGAUCGACAAUACAACCAAAUUGGUAAUGGUUUGAAAGAUGUUGAAGUUACAACAGCUCAGUCAGAUCAUCAAAAUCGAUAUGUUCUUACAGGAUAUUUUUCGGAUCAUCUUCCUGAAAAGACUUUCAUUGAAGGACAAGGCAACCUCCUAGAUUACUACAAACAUCUCGGAUUUGCGCUUCGUUAUCCACAGUUGUACUGCUUGAAAGCCUAUCGAUUAGGCAAUUCGCAAAAUUUAGUUGAUCUACCGAUCGAACUUUGCUCUCUUCGAGAGUGGCAACAAGUGAAGGAAGAUGAAAGCACGAAACCGAUUCCAGCACCACCAGUUAGUAAACGAUAUCAUUUAAUCUUGGCAGCUAUCCGAAACUGUCUUAUUACUCAAUGUGCUAACUUUACAAAAGUUCAGCGAAUGCCAAAUUUAAGAAAUUAUUGUGGUAAUCUGUUAAAAUCAGUGAAUGCUAAACUAAGCGGAGAAAAUAAACAAGUAGCUCAGUUACAAACGUCUAUCAAAACAAUGUUUAUCGGGGCUGACGUUCAACACAUAAAGAAUAAUUAUUCUGGUGAAUUACCAUCAAUUGCAGCUGUUGUUGCAAGUAUGAAUUCGGAGUGUACAUUAACAAAUCAACGUGUCUCUCGUCAAUGGCCAAGUAAAGGAAAACAAUCAGAAGAGGCAAUUUUGUUGUUGAAAGAAAUGGUUGAAGAACUGUUAAUCGCAUUUAAAGACAGCAAUGAAGGCGCACUACCAGAACAUGUUGUUUUCUAUCGCGAUGGAGUUGAUGAUGGACAGUUUGAACGGGUACAGAAUGACGAGGUGGCCUCUUUGAAGGAAGCCUUUCAAGGAACAAAUAAAAUUGGGAAUUACGUUGUACUAGUCAAUGAAAUUGAAUAUUCUUUGAGUGAAUUGGAGGAACUCACUUAUUCUCUUUGUCAUACUGAUCAACGUAUUGAUAGUCGAUUGAGUGAAUCAAUUCCAAGUGUUUUACAUUUGGCAGAUGCUGCAGCAAGCAAGGGAAGACAGCUGUUUAACAGUAGUACAAGGCCACCAAAUGCAACUCGAGCAGACAUACUGAGAGUUCAUGAAGAUAUGCAGAAUACACCAAAUAUGUUUUAA